ACCAAAAACAAAGCGAAAGUGAAGUAUAACAGUGUGCAGAGUCACAAUCAAGAGAACCAGAAGCAAAUGAGGAAGGGAAGACCAUGGGAGGAGCACUUUUAAGUAAGCCAUGGAGGGCACUGCCAGAAAACAACAAGGAAGUUCUGGAUUUUUUGGAAGAAUAUCAACCUCGAAACAAAGAUGUCCAACACAUCAGGAUUCUGCUUCAUGGACCAGCUGCUGCUGCAAAGUCCAGUUUCAUCAACUCUGUUGAAAGUAGUCUUCUAAACCGAGUUACCAGUCGAGCAUUGACAGACUCAAUCUCUGCGAGAAGCUUUUCUAAAAGAUACAAAACUUUCAAAAUCCAGAAAAAUCGACAGGGGUUAUACUCCUUUGUCUUCAAUGACAUCAUGGGCUUUGAUCAUGGCAACAGUGGAGUCUGUGUGGAAGAUGUCAAGCUGGUCAUGAAAGGACACAUAACAGAAAAUUACAAGUUCAAUCCUCAGAGCCAACUGAAGGAGAAUGACCUAAACUACAAAUCAUCUCCCACACUGGAUGACAGAGUUCACGUUUUGGUUUGUGUUUAUCCUGCCAGUUCAGUAUCUAUUAUGCCAAAAGACAUUUUGAGGCAGAUGAGAGAAGUCCGACUGGCAGCCAGUGACAUGGGAAUUCCCCAACUGGCCAUUAUCACCAAAGUUGAUGAAGCCUGUCCUGCGGCUGGAAAAAAUAUAAACAAUGUCUAUAAGAGCAAGUACUUGAAGGAAAAGGUUGAUGAAUUCCAUAUGGCACUGGGCAUUCCACACAACCGCAUCUUUCUUGUGAAGAACUACACCAAAGAAAUGGAAACAGAAGCUGGUAUUGACGCUCUGAUACUGUACGCACUGGAGCAGAUGAUUCACGCUGGAGAAGACUUCCUCAACAGUCUGUAGACCUGCACACCACGAAGA